AUGAGGCAGGUUCGUCCAUAUCGAGAACCCCGUUUUGCGACCGACGACCAGCAGUUGGUCGGAAACCGCCGAUGGUUUCCUUGUCGUUGUGAGGAGGAGACGAAGAGAGGGAUCAAGUAUAAAGCCAUACCAUUGGCGUCCAGACCUCAUCAUUGCUCCUCAUCCUCUUCACCCCCUCUCAAAGCCGCCGCCAUGAAACUCUCCCUCCUCGCCUUUCUCCCCGCCGUCCUGGCCUUGCCUGCGGCCGACUCGUCGGGCAUCGCGUCCAGACAGACAGCCGUUGCCACGACCGACAACUACAUCUUCACUCUGACCCUCCCUCAGUUCACCGUCAGGCGCAACAACCGCAACCCGGCGUCUCUGGACUGGAGCUCGGAUGGCUGCUCAAACUCCCCCGACAACCCGUUUGGCUUCCCAUUCACUCCCGCCUGCCACCGCCACGACUUUGGUUACAGAAACUACAAGAAGCAAAGCCGGUUCACGGAUGCCAAUCGCAAGAGGAUCGACGACAAGUUCAAGGUUGAUCUUCUUUACCAGUGCAGCUCCAACGGCCACGGUGCCGUCUGCCGUGCUCUGGCGGAUGUCUACCAUGCUGCCGUUAGAGCGUUUGGUGGGAGCGGAGCCAGCAAGAGAGAGGAGGAAGAGGAUUGGGUCAAGAUUUACGAGGAGAAGCUCGCCAUUUACAACGAGCUCGUCAAGGAGGCCCAGGCCACGGGUGAGCUGUGGACAUUGGAGUAG